AUGCCUCACGCCACUUUACCUUCUCCUGGACUUCAGGCUCUCGUCUUCUGCGGACCCGGCCUCAGCUUGAACACUUUCACAUCCUCUCCCUCUGACUUUCCCAAAGCACUCAUACCGAUCGCGAACCGGCCGAUGGUAUGGUACCCUCUCGACUGGUGUUAUCGCUGCGGGAUCACAAACAUCAUAAUCAUAACGCCUCCCGAGUCCGUCGAACCCUUACAAGGAGCGUUUGCAACGCAUCCAGCGCUGACUAGCCUUCCUAAUCCGAAGCCUGAGAUCAUUGCGCCUAAAGGCUUGGAGCAGACUAGCGGUACAGGGGAUGUACUACGCUGCAAGGAAGUACUGGACGUCAUCGACGGUGACUUCGUUGUCCUGCCUUGUGACCUUGUAUCGGAGCUCGAUGGGAGCCACCUAGUGCAGCAAUGGCUAACAUUGAAUUCAUCGAAUGCCGGCAGGAAAGGCGGCCUUGUAGUCUACUACCCGACAUACGGUCUGGAAGGUAUCAGCAACAAGAAGGACGAGACCGACUUUGUGGUCACCGCAGCGCUGCCACCGCCUGCAGUGUCUCCAGCUCAGGCAUCGCUCAGACCGUACAUUGAGCAGGCGAUGAUCGCCAUGCCGACAGACACGCUCAACGACACACUUGAAGACAACAAGCAGCACCUCCCACUCCGUCAUUUGCUUCUGCAAAGGCAUGGCAGGGUGAAGAUGCGCACCAAGCACCGCGAUGCCCACGUCUACAUUUUCCCGCGGUGGGUCAAGGACUUCGUUGCGACGAACGAGCGGUUUGACUCGAUCUCAGAGGACGUGCUCGGGUGGUGGGCGAAAGCUGGAUGGCAGGAAGGAUUGGCAGAGAAGCUUGGUCUGAGUGAGAUACUUUCUGAUAAUCGACCUGCCGACGACGACAUCAAUGGCUCCUCCAGCCUCGACGAGAUCGAUCCUUCAACACUGUCGAGCACGAUGUCUGCGCCACCGGUCCAGCCCCCUUCUACCUUCGCCACCCGAGUUGGCACGUCAAUGCCUUCACCGCCGAAGCCAGUCACCGUCCCGCCACUGCUAGCCUACAUCCAGCCUUCACCUUCACCACUUAUCCGCCGUGUGGACACCGCACCUUUACUAAGCAGCAUCUCGCUCUACCUCGCACGUCAGCCAUCAACCCGACCCCUAACGUACGAGCACAAGAUCCACCCUUCUGCGACCAUCGGCCAACAAAGCCGGGUCAGCCAAGAAGACAGCCUGAUCGGUGAGAAUGUCAAAGUCGGUACGCGCUGCAGCGUCAAGGAGUCCGUCAUCGGAGCCAACUGCGAGAUUGGGAACAAUGUUCGCAUUUUCAAGUCUGUGCUCAUGGAUGGCUGCGUGGUGGGUGAUGGAGUGCAGCUUACGGGGUGCAUUGUUGGUCGGCGGGCGAGGAUAGAAGGCGUGAAGACCGCGGAAGCUGAGCCGGCUGAUGAAACCGCUGAGAAGCCGAAACGAAGGAAAGGUGGCGCGGACGAUGAUGAGGAGAGGACGAAGCUGACGGAUUGCGAGGUCGCACCGAGCUUUGUUGUGGAGGCGGGGACGGAAGCGAAGGGCGAGACAUUGAAGGCUUUUGACGCUGACGAUAUGGGUGACUUGGAUGAUGAUGAAGACGAAGGUGGAGGUGGUGAUAUAAACCUGUAG